CGCACAGCAGAGGGAAGAUGGCGGCGCCCUGUAAUUCGGAGCUUCCGUCCGAGGCUUCUUCUUGUCUGAAAAUCCCGAAGAGCGAGAUCCUAUCGCCGCCCUCCCCCGGCCUGAGCGAUGGGAACCGCUCCCUGUCCAGCUCCUCCCCCCUGCCCCCCGCCGGGCCCCCAGGGGCCCCCGGACUCAGCUCCCCGGGGGUGUCAUUCAGCACGGCCUGCCGGGGGAUGUCCUGGACCCCGGCCGAGACCAACGCGCUCAUCGCCGUCUGGGGCAACGAGAGGCUGGUGGAGGCCCGGUACCAACAGCUGGACGGAGCCGGCACCAUCUUCGGAACCAAGGCCCCCGGGCCGGCCAUGUACGACCGGGUCUCCCGGGCCCUGAGCGAGCUGGGCUACGAGAGGACCCCCAGCCAGUGCCGGGAGAGGAUGAAGGUGAGCCCCCCGGGGGAGGGGAGGGGGGGGGACGGACUUACCGCACCUCACUGUAUGUACCCCUAAACUAUAACCCCCAUCCCCUCACUGUGUGUACCCCCAAACCAUCCCCAUCUGUCACACCCCCAGCCAGUGCCGGGAGAGGAUGAAGGUGAGCCCCCCGGGGGAGGGGAGGGGGGGGGACGGAUUUACCGCACCUCACUGUAUGUACCCCUAAACUAUAACCCCCAUCCCCUCACUGUGUGUACCCCCAAACCAUCCCCAUCUGUCACACCCCCAGCCAGUGCCGGGAGAGGAUGAAGGUGAGCCCCCCGGGGGAGGGGAGGGGGGGGGACGGAUUUACCGCACCUCACUGUAUGUACCCCUAAACUAUAACCCCCAUCCCCUCACUGUGUGUACCCCCAAACCAUCCCCAUCUGUCACACCCCCAGCCAGUGCCGGGAGAGGAUGAAGGUGAGCCCCCCGGGGGAGGGGAGGGGGGGGGACGGAUUUACCGCACCUCACUGUAUGUACCCCUAAACUAUAACCCCCAUCCCCUCACUGUGUGUACCCCCAAACCAUCCCCAUCUGUCACACCCCCAGCCAGUGCCGGGAGAGGAUGAAGGUGAGCCCCCCGGGGGAGGGGGGGGGAUUUACCGCACCUCACUGUAUGUACCCCUAAACUAUAACCCCCCCACACUGUGUGUACCCCCAAACAAUCCCCAUCUGUCACACCCCCAGCCAGUGCCGGGAGAGGAUGAAGGUGAGCCCCCCGGGGGAGGGGAGGGGGAGGACUUACCGCACUGUGUGUACCCCUAUAAUAUAACCCCCUCACCCCCUCACUGUGUGUACCCCUAAACUAUAACCCACCCCCUCACUGUGUGUACCCCUAUAAUAUAACCCCCUCACUGUGUGUACCCCCAAACCAUCCCCAUCUGUCACACCCCCAGCCAGUGCCGGGAGAGGAUGAAGGUGAGCCCCCCGGGGGAGGGGGGGGGGACUUCACUGCGACUAUAAUAUAACCCCUCACUGUGUGUACCCCUCAAAUAUAACCCCCCCCACCCCCUAACUGUGUGUACCCCCAAACCAUCCCCAUCUGUCACACCCCCAGCCAGUGCUGGGAGAGGAUGAAGGUGAGCCCUGGGGGGGGAGGGGACUUACCGCACCGCACUGUGUGUACACCCCCAAAAAUAUAACCCCCCCUUCAUUGUGUGUACCCCUACAAUAUAACCCCCCUCACUGUGUGUACCCCUACAAUAUAACCCCCCUCACUGUGUGUACCCCUACAAUAUAACCCCCCUCACUGUGUGUACCGCUACAAUAUAACCCCUCACUGCCCCUCACUGUGUCACCCUAUAAUAUAACCCCCUCACUGUGUGUGUGUACCCCUAGAAUAUAACCCCCUCACUGUGUGUACCCCUAGAAUAUAACCCCCCUCACUGUGUGUGUACCCCUAGAAUAUAACCCCCCUCACUGUGUGUACCCCCCUAGAAUAUAACCCCCUCACUGUGUGUACCCCUAGAAUAUAACCCCCUCACUGUGUGUACCCUGUAACCCCCACUGUGUGUACCCCUAAACUAUAACCCCCCACUGUGUGCACCCCUAAACUAUAACCCCCUCACUGUGUGUACCCCUAGAAUAUAACCUCCCCCACUGUGUGUGCCCCUAAACUAUAACCCACUGUACUGGGAAACAUAGACUGUGACGGCAGAUAAGAACCAUUCAGCCCAUCAGGAGAAAUGUUGAGCUAAUUGUAGGGGUACACACAGUGCGGCAAGUACGUUUACUGCACAGCUGUAAUUACCGCACUGUGUAUACCCCUACAAUUAUCCCCUAUAAUAACCCCUCACUAUGUGCAUCCUCAAACAAUCCUCAUCUGUCACACUCCCAGCCAGUGCCGAAUAGGAUGACGGUACUUACCACAACCACAUAAUGUACUUGCCUUACUAUCUGUACCCCUAAAAUAGAACCAUUUACUGUCUGCACUCCCAAGAUUUACCACCUUUGUCUUCUCCCAACAUAUACCACCUUUACUGUCUGCACUCCUAAAAAUACCUUCUUACUGUCUGUACCCCGAAAAUAUACCAUCUCUGCCUGUACCCCCAAAAUAUAACCCCUUUACUGUCUGUACCCCCAGAAUACACCCCCUUACUGUCUGCACCCUCAAACCACCACCAUCUUUCACACCCCCAAUCAGUGCCGGGAGAAAAUAAAGGUAAGCACUGCACCCCUCAAAUUAUCCACAUCUCUUAUACACUCAUAGCCAGUGGUGAGAGAAUAUGAAUUAAAGAUCUACCAUACCAAAUACUGAUACAUCCCUAAUCAGUGGUCAGAGGAUGCAUUUUUCACCCCCAAAUUACUAUCUGUGACUGCAUGUACACCGAAAAUAUAUCCCUAAAUUGUCUGACCACCACACUAUCCCACUUUCUUAUACACUACAAGGCAGUGGCAAAAUAAGAUUGAGGAAAGUUUGACACCCCAACAUUUUUAUAUCUGACUGUAUAUAUCCCCAAGCCAUCCACCUGUAUAAUACUAAGUAAUAGUCAUCCACCUGUCUAAACUACAGUCACAGCUGGAGAGGACGACCAGAUAAAUGGACAGUUGAAAGCAAGUCCUCAGGAUAAAUGUUGGGCAACCCCAGGGUGUUAAAAAAAAAUAAUAAUAAUAAUAUAGAAUUAGACACCUAUAUUAAGCAUUAAGAAUUAUUACAGGGGUACAAAUAAGAGUGCCAGAAAACCACGUAAAAAUUAACAUAACCUUUUUUUUUUUCUUUUUUUUAAUGAGUCACCCCUAUAUACCAAGUAUACACACAGCAAGUGAUAAAAUGAGUCCCGUAAGUCAAGUACCGUCCCAGUGCAUCAGUUAUAAGUAAACUUCCAAGAGUAGAAGGCAGAAAUGUAUAAAGAUCCGUCAGUUAUUAUACAGAGCACUAUAGCUGCAUAUAGUAACGCAUGCACAAUAUCUCACUGAAAGGCAGAAUUCAGAGUGAAAUAUAAUAGACAGAAAGUAGCAAAUAAAGAACUUGAUAUAACAAAAUGAAGAAAAUUGUUUACAGGAACUGGUGCACUUACUGUGAACACAUGUGUAAGUGCACACAUUUUGCUUGUAGUUGCAGGUGUUCAGUUAUACUGUCUAUGGUUUAUGGCAAAAUCAUACCACAGCGAGAAGCCUGUCUGUUGUAAUAGACGUCCGGGAAGGUUAACCGUCUCUUUAUAAGGACGCCGUUAGUGUUUGUUACCGUAGAUAAAUGUGUUGAAGGUUUCUGGAAGUCGAAUGUAAUCUGUGACUUCAUAGGGCUUUACUUUAUGUGCUGGGUUUUCACUAAACUCUGAAUUUUGGUUAAAGGGACACUAUAGUCACCAGAACAACUACAGCUUAUUGAAUUUGUUCUGGUGAGUAGAAUCAUUACCUUCCGGCUUUUUGUUGUAAACACUGUCUUUUCAGAGAAAAUGCAGCGUUUACAUUACAGCUUAGGGAUAACUUCACUGGCCACUCCUCAGAUAGCUGUUAGAGAUCAUUCCUGGGUCAUGGCUGCCUAAAAUGCAUCCAAACAUUCAGUGUCUCCUCCCUCUGCAUGCAGACACUGAACUUUCCUCAUAGAAAUGCAUUGAUUCAAUUCAUCUCUAUGAGGAGAUGCUGAGUGCUGUGUUUGAAUCAUGGUGGCUCUGCCCCUGAUCUGCCUAUUUGUCAGUCUCAGCCAAUCAUAUGGGAAGCAUUGUGAUUGGAUCAGGCUACCACUUCUGAUGUCAGGAGACUGCUUGUUUUUCUGAGUCUAACAGCAUGCAGAUGUACAGCUUCAGGAUUGAAUACAGUAAGAUUUUGCUAUAUUUAUGGAGGCAUGAAGGGCCCAGGGGGGCUAGAUGUUGGUUUUAACAAGAUAGGGUCAGGAAUACAUGUUUGUGUUCCUGACCCUAUAGUGAUCCUUUAAUUAAAUCUAAGCUGCAAAUUUGAAGCCAGAUUGUGAAACUUUCCAGAUCAGCUUUUGUUAUCUCAAUUUUGCACUCUGUAUUUCAUUUGCUUAAAUUUAGUGUUUGUCAAGAACCGGGAACGGAUUCAUUUCAAAAUGAAUUAGAAAUUUUAGGCUACAAUAGUUGAACUGGACAAGUUCUCCAAUAAAAAUGUUUUCCAGUUAGAUUUCCACCAAGUAAGACUUGAGUGAAUAAACAGACAGCCCAGCAGCCACAUGGUCAGCGAGACAUUGAUGCAGGACUCACAAUUCAGUGUUCAGUGAAGAAAUUCUACCAUCAUUUUGUUUUCAUUCACAUUUUGCUUACUUAAUGGGGUUUCAGUAUGUGUGUCUGUGUCAAUGCGGAGAUGUAUUUUUCCUGAGUGUCAAUGUGUGGAAUAUCUGAGUGUGUGAUUGUGUGAAUCCAAGGCCGUGUUUGUGCGAAGUGUCUGUGUGCGGCAAUGACCAGUUUAGUGAUUUGAAGUGGUCGUGGUGCUGGAGCCUGUGCAGAGUUUUGCUAUGAAAUGCUGAACAUACGGGGAUUGGCCUCUGUGCUGCUAUAUUUGUAGUUCCACCUCUGACAAAACUGGGUUGGCUAAUGUCAAUUCUGUGCAAAUGUCAGUCACUGGCUGAGAGCGGACAGCUGUCGCUCUGCAGAAGCACAUCACCAGAUAACCAGGGAGCCUCUGAGCCCAGUGGGAUCCAAUGUAAGAGGGCAAACUGUUGCUACACGGUAUGCUCCAUGACUGGGGAACUUUGCCUGGGUAUUCCAGGCAUCAAAACCACUACAGUGGUUGUAAUUAUUGGAGUGUUCGUUUAAAUAAACUGCAACUAUUUAGGCACGAAUACCCAAAAGAAUUAAAUGAAACUUGAUUAGGCAGUACAUCUAUGCAGGCAAUGUGUAAUUUAGGUGCUAUUCACAACAGUCUUAUGAUCGGGACACUCCUAGCACAAAAACACUACAGUGGUUAUGGUACCCUGGCGCUGUCCCACUUGUUUAAAGUCAAACCUUUUUGGAAUUAACACUUACCUGCAUACCCCUGUCUCCCUCAGUCCGGCCCUUCUUCAGUUAUAGCAGCUUUUCCAUCUGCUAUGGAGUGUCUUCUGAGGCUGUCACCCAAUCGAUUCUAUCCUAAGACAUGACUAGUACGGGAGUAGGCAAGUCCAAUGUAAGGAUAUCGGUGAGACCGUACUGCUGACCUAGGUAAAUGUUAAAAUAUUCGAUGUGUUCAAAUUUAGAUUUCAGAAGUGGGGAUCGUCACAAAUUGUAAAGGGAUUCUCCAAUAGAACAUAGUUGACUGCAUCUCUUUCAAAAAGCAUAGAUUAAAAGACAUUAUUGGCUAGAGGGAAAUGUGAGUGGCAGAUUUCGCCAGUCCUUGCUGUUAUGUGGCGUCCUCCAGAGCAUUAUAUAGAGGCGUGUAUUUUUUGGUUGCCAUAUUGCUGUCUGGCAGUGGGUAGCUUGGAACCAGAAUUGUACCAUGAGAUGCAUAGAGGAGAGUAGUGUAGUAUGUUUGUUGUUUGGCUAUUUCUUUGUUUAAAUAGAAUUUUCAGCAACAGAAAAGUAGGACAUUGUAAUGGGUGCCAUGAUUGUAGUUAGGGAAAUGUGUGGUUAUAUCAGAUAUGCUGUAAUUUAUAGAAAAUAUAUUGUGAAGGCAGCUUCAUAUUGUAGCUGUCAGAACCAGGUGUAUAUUUGCAACAAUGCAUUUGGUCAGUGACCAUGAUGUAAAUGCCUCAUGGAUUCUGAUUGGUUAAAAAUAUGAACAAUAGGGAUACAGCUAGAUUUUGCUGUGCAUUUUCUCAGUCUAUCUACAACUGUUCUUAUCCACUUGCCCAUAAAUCUGCUGCCUUUUACAUAUUUAUCUCAUCUUUCAGCUUUGUUUUUGUUUGAAUGGAUUUUUUUUUUUUCCCAUUUGUAACAGACGUCCUGUACAGGGCUCGCAGGGCCAAACAUGACGAGACACACAGGUCUGAAUAGUUACUAACACAGUGUUCGUGUAAAAUGGUGUUUGAGGCACCUUUUAUUCUGUCAAUACUUUAAUGAAAGUACCCUAAACACCGUUUGUAUACCUGGCACUUGUGGAGGUUACUCUGGACCAUUGUGCACUACGUGUACGCUGUUAUAGGGUGUGACAAUUCACUUCUGAUUAUUCACUAAUUUACAUUGAGCAAGAAUACUUUGUUAUACAUUUUAAAUGGUCAAUUGGGACGUCUGUUUAACUGUUGUAAUGAAGACAACGUAUCUUCCUGUUUCUUCUUAAAGAAAUCACUGUUGUGAAAGCCAUCUCUGCGCGCCACAUGUACUUACUGCUCCAUGACACUUCAUUGGUUUUGAUAAAAUGUAUUGAAUUCUAAUAAAUGUAUAUGUAUAUUUUUUCAGACUCUGCGCAGAUGUUACAGCCGAGUGAAGGAGCGAGGAGUCGGAAAGAGGAAAAGCAGCUACACGUUUGAGCAGCUGGAGAGAGUGUUUGGGUCCGGAGGCUGGGAGACCCAACCCUUCCAACCUGUGCUAAUCAAUAGCAGUGGCCUCUACCAAGAAAUGGAGUCUGACGGCAGCACGAUGGAGGAUUAUUCGCAGGAUGACUGGGGAAACCACAGCCAGGAAAUGCAAGGCUUCCCGGGGGAAGAUUUGGGUAAGCCAUAAAAUCACUCUGUACAUGAAUCACUUUCACCUUGAUUCUAAUCUCUUUAACCCCCUUCAGGACAAGGCAAUCUAACUGUGAAAGGGUAAAUGGGGCAUUCCAGCUUGGAGUUAAUGCAUUAAAACAUAAUAGCUAAAGAGAAUAUGUGAAUUUCUCUUUGCCUCUGUUGAAAGAAAGUGGGAAAAUAAAAGGGAAACAAAACAAGUACGGUAUCAUUAAUUUUAAGUAUAUUGUGCUAUACUCCAACAUAAAAGUACAAUUCAAAUAAAAAAAUAAAAUGUAUAGUAUACUGGGCCUGGAGUGAACCUAACAUGCAUGUCCCCAAUGUAUGCGUACACCCAUAUAUCUACAUGCGUGUAUGGAUAUACACACCCUCUUUAUCAUUAUAAUGUGAUAUGUCGCCUUUUAUGCUUCUUCAAAGACCAUCCAUUUGCUCCAAUUGGACUUUUUAUCUUUAUUUGAUGAAGGGUCUGCAAAAUUCACUUCAUAUUUUUUAUUAUGAGACGUUCUAGAAAUUACUUUUUCUAUUUGACUGAGUGACUCAUGGGGGGAUGCCGAGAGGUGAUGGACAGGACUUCGAUGGUACCCCACACAGAAACACAAUUAUGCAACAUGGACCUUUUUCAUAACUGGAAAUACAACCUUUCCCCCAGCCCCCCUUUUGUUUUUUUUUCUUCUCCUUCACUUACCAUACUCUUCCCUUUUUCGGACCUCAAUGCAGGGAGAUGUUGUUUUUGGUUUCUUUGUCGCAAUUAGUUUUUUUGCCUUUAAUUUUUAUUAUUUUUUUUAGCACCUUGGGUGGUCCAGAAGUCCGCUCUGCCUUGCCCUCCUGCUGAAGGUACAGUAUUACUGCUUCUACUUACAAAAUGUGUUCAUUACUAUGACCUCAGGGUUUGUGAAGUCAAGUGUUCAUUGCUGUGCGAGGUGGAGGGAUCCAGGUGUUCAUUGCUAUGGGAGGUAGAGGGGUCCAGGUAUUCAUUGUUGUGCGAGGUGGAGGGGUCCAGGUGUUCAUUGCUGUGGAAGGUGGAGGGGUCCAGGUAUUCAUUGCUGUGGAAGGUGGAGGGGUUUAGGUGUUCAUUGCUGGGGGAGAGGGAGGGGUUCAGGUGUUCAUUGCUAUGGGAGUUGGAGGGGUUUAGGUGUUCAUUGCUGUGGGGGGUGGGAGGGGUUUAGGUGUUGCAGGAGGGUUUAGGUGUUCAUUACUGUAGAAGGGGUUUUAGGUGUUCAUUGCUGUGGGGGUGGAGGGUCCAGGUGUUCAUUGCUGUGGGGGUGGAGGGUCCAGGUGUUCAUUGCUGUGUGAGGUGGAGGGUUUGGGUGUUCAUUGCUGUGGGGGGUGGAGGGUUUAGGUGUUCAUUGCUGUGGGGGUGGAGGGUCCAGGUGUUCAUUGCUGUGGGAGGUGGAAUUGCUGUGUGGGGGUGGAGGGUCCAGGUGUUCAUUGCUGUGGGAGGGUGGUUUUAGGGUGUCUGGGGGUGGAGGUUAGGUGUUCAUUGCUGCUGUGGGAGGGAGGGUUUAGGUGUUCAUUGCUGUGGGGGGUGGAGGGUUUAGGUGUUCAUUGCUGUGGGGGGUGGAGGGGUUUGGGGGUGUUCAUUGCUGUGGGGGUGGAGGGUUUAGGUGUUCAUUGCUGUGGGGGGUGGAGGGUUUAGGUGUUCCAUUGCUGUGGGGGUGGAGGGGUUUAGGUGUUAGUGCUGUGGGGGUUUAGGUGUUGUGCUGUGGGGGGUUUGGGUGUUCAUUGCUGUGGGGGUUUAGGUGUUCAUUGCUGUGGGGGUUUAGGUGUUCAUUGCUGUGGGGGUUUAGGUGUUCAUUGCUGUGGGGGUUUAGGUGUUCAUUGCUGUGGGGGUUUAGGUGUUCAUUGCUGUGGGGGUGGAGGGUUUAGGGUGUUCAUUGCUGUGGGAGGGUUUAGGUGUUCAUUGCUGUGGGAGGGUUUAGGUGUUCAUUGCUGUGGGGUUUAGGUGUUCAUUGCUGUGGGAGGGGUUUAGGUGUUCAUUGCUGUGGGAGGGGUUUAGGUGUUCAUUGCUGUGGGAGGGGUUUAGGUGUUCAUUGCUGUGGGAGGGGUGGAGGGGUUUAGGUGUUCAUUGCUGUGGAAGGGGUGGAGGGGUUUAGGUGUUCAUUGCUGUGGAAGGGGUGGAGGGGUUUAGGUGUUCAUUGCUGGGGGAGGGGGAGGGGUUUAGGUGUUCAUUGCUGUGGAGGGGUUUAGGUGUUCAUUGCUGUGAUAUAGUAGUUUGUUUGAGAUAAGGCUAUGCUAAUUCUGGUGGCAAGUUGAUCUUCCAUGAUACAUCUUGUUUGGCUUCACUGUCUCCAGGUGAAACACAGGGUAGUUUUGUAAGGAAUUGGGCUGUCAGGGUCCUCUGGCCCCAUUAUUUUUAGAUUCCUAACUCUGUAUUAAUAAUAUCACAAAUGUCAUGUUUAUUGGCUGCUCUGUCUGAUCCCCAUUUACUUUAUUCUGUUUAGAGGAGGUCAGUAUUCCCAAGAGGCCAGUAAAGAAUCGAGAGCCGUCCGAGGAAACGCAGUAAGUGAUUUCCUAAUUACCUGGAGGCAAAAUGCUUUUUCUAUUUUAUUUCUUGAAAUUCUGUGUUCAAGUAUAUUUACCAGACGCCAGGUAAGCAAUCUUCCGAGUGAGAUUAAUUUGUAUUCACUUUGUCCGAGGAAAUCCCGAGCUUACUGUAUGUUUUCUUUCUUUUGCUUUUUUCUUCAAAUGUAUUGAAUUUUAAAUUAAAGUGCAAGCUUUUGUUAUUUUAACAAAAAAUCAAGUCUAUGUAGAACGUAUGGAAGAAAGCUGUAUGGGAUUAGCUUGCAGGAUAGAGUAUCUUUAUGUCUGAAAAUGAAUAUAUAAUGUAUUUUUAUGCACGGGUAAUGUUAUAAUAAUGUACAGCAAUGUGAAUAUAAAUCACAAUAUGAUAUGUUUUAACUUAACUUGCAAUGCUUCAAGCACCUUGGGGCUCCGUCAUUGUUGUAGGAUAUCACAUGAAGGGCACAGCAAAGUUUCGACCUGCAUUAGCCUGACAAAGAUCUGGGUGCAGGUCGAAACGUUGCUGUGCCCUUGAUGUUCCAUUAAACGUGGCUUGAACUUUAAACACAGUGAGAGCCUGAGCAGUUUUUUCUUUGUGAUAUGUAUGUGGGGUGUGCUGACCCUAGCUCAGUUGCACCCUGUUUUUUUGGUUGAGUGCAGCCCUUAUCCUUUUUUCAUAAUUGUUGUAGAAUAUUACAUUGCAGUAGGGACAGAUGGACAGCUGCAUGGUCCGAGCUAAAUUAGACGAACAGAAAAUGUUGUGGCACCAUAGGCCCCAGCAUUAACAGUACAAGGACACGUUGUGGUUUUAGUGCUGAAAAGAUGUGUUGACUUCUAUAAUAUUUAAAUAUGAAAUGCUUAAAUUUUAUAUAUUUUUCAAUUUACCUUCUUAGGAAGCUGGAGAUUCUGCAGACCAUAAUGCAUAUUUUGGACUCAGUCCAGCUAAAAUGGGAGCUGUUUCAGAGCUGGACAGACUUUUCAAGACUUCACCUCUCUAACAAACUGGCUAUAUUUGCUAUUGGUUACAACACGCGAUGGAAAGAUGACAUUCGCUACCAUUACGCUGAAAUAAGCUCACAAGUACCGCUUGGGAAACGUCUUCGAGAAUACUUCAACCCUGAGAAACCUGAAGGCCGGGUGGUUAUGACCAGGGUGCAGAAAAUGAACUGGAAAAAUGUCUAUUAUAAGUUUUUGGAAAUUACAAUUAGUGAAGCUAGAUGUCUGGAACUUCACAUGGAGACAGACUGGAUCCCCAUAGCCCAUUCCAAACCAAUUGGGGGCGAUAUAGUUCAGUACCUUUUACCUGGCGGUAUUCCAAAAAGUCCGGGUCUUUAUGCCAUCGGCUACGAAGAUCUGCGUGGCAAAGAAGUGGAUAAUGCAGUUGUUGAUUUAGUGAAUGAUGGGAAUUGCGAUAGUCCUACAGAGCUUGCCUCGAAAUCUGAUACAAUAACUAGCAAAAUUAAUUAUUGUUACCUAGGUAUUGCUGAGAGUAUCACGCUCCAGCAAUGCCUUUUCUUUCAUUUCCAGUCCACAAUCAAAAACCAAAGCAAGGAGUGGGCUAGUAUUAAUGGAUUCUUAGCGCAAAACUGCAAAGUGGAACCAGGCGUGUCUCCGAAAACCAUCUACAUUAAAUUUGUCGAAGUCGAAAGAGAUUUUCUUUCUGCCGGAUCUUUAGUUGAGUGCCUGGAAAAAGCAAUUGGUUACCCACUGAAGUUUAAUAAAUGAAUUUUUAUCCUUUAUAAGGAUUAGGGCUCUAUAGAUACCACGUUCCAUUUUGCCAGGGUCGACUCUUGAAUUUCAAACAGAUUUCUCUUUGUUUUUCAAAUUGGAAGAAUUGUCUUAAAAGCCAGCUUCCACAGUUUGAGGCUAUUGUCCUAGGCAAACGGGACCUUGUGUUUGGAUAUUAAAUAGUGUUUUUAUAAAAAUAAUUUUAUUGUAGAGCCCUGCUAUAAACUUGCUGUAAGUACAUUCCACGUUGGACUAAGCUUAUUCUCAUUUUCAAAGGAAAUACUGGGGGGGAGGGAGGGUUCUUCACGUUUCAUUUUUACAUAUCUGUGUCUGUAUAAAACUAGAAAGAAUAAUGAAUGAUGGCGCUCAACCUUGAGAAAUGUACAAGAGGUUGUCACGCCAUAACCCGAUUAGCUAAUAUUGUAUAUAAUUUAUAUAAUCACUUUUUUUACCCAUUAAGUGUUUUUACGAUUUCCAACCAGUGUUGCCUGCAAAGACUUUUGUUUCUGUGACGUACUGUAUUCACUCUUAGCUGUGUCUCCAUAUCCUUUUUUUUUUUUUUUUUUUUAAACCAUUAAAGUAAUGGCUUCUUUGUGUUUCGUUGACAUUUUAAUGGCAUUACAAAGGAUAUUUAUAUAUAUAUAUAUUAAAAGCAUUCAGAAAACCUUGAGUCUGAAUGAAUUGUGCAAGUUGAUCUUUCAGAGAUUUAAAAAAGCCAAACAAAUGCUUAUCAGCUGCUAGAACAUGUUUUAGAAACUUGAAUAUGCCAUGAACUUUGUAUAAACUGUUCUGCUGUCCAGUUUGGCCACCAAAACCGUUCCAUCAUAUUCUCGCUGCGUGACAAAUUGUCCACAGCCAGUGAAGGUUACCAGUGCCUUUUCUAGAUGUAUAUUUUACUGUUUUCAGCCAAUAGCAGUAAUUUAGGGCAAAGUUUGGUGGGUUAAGGUUAUUCCCUUAUUGUAGAACUCCUCUGAAAGAAACCUUAUACUUAUGAGUAAAAGCCGGCAUUGCAGAAUAUAUCCAUAUAAAAAAAUUGUAAAUUCUGUACACAAUCCAAAAGCUGAUAUAUCUGUGUUAUGUUUAUUAUUCUUCGUGUAUUCUAUAUAUUUUAAUUUUGUUGCAUAGCCCUGUAGCAGUUUUGUUUGAAGCAAAUGUUGAGAAUAAUUUUUAUUUUAUUUUUUACUCUUAUUAUAGUACAGUUAAUGUAAUUUGACUUUUUAUUUUUUUGUUUUUGGUAAAUUAAAAAAAAAAUCAAUUGCCAUUGCAGCACCUUAAGUAUUUUGGUAACUGCUUAAUAGUCGUCAGAUUUAAAUAAAUUCCCUUCCUUGCCCAAGAUACCCGGAUUCGUUUUAUAUUCCCCUUGUUGUGUCUGGGAUUGAUUGCUGUGGACUGAAAUUCUACAUGUUUUUUUGGAAUAUUAAAGUCACACGGGACAACAGAUGAAUUAUUGCAUUGGGCAUAUUUUUAUUAUUUCAAGUUUGUCAGAGGAUGGCGCUGCAAGUCUCCGCACUGCCAACGUCAUAGGUUGCUAUGUAACCUUAUUCUCAUUGUAAGAGCUAAUGUAUAAAAUGAUGUUCAAAAUAAAAAGUGAACAAUUUGUUAAAUGAAUGGGCCAUCUUCUGUGUGAUUAAAAUAUGGUAACUAUUUAGAUCGUUGCUCUUUGAGACCGUUUAAAUGUGCUGUUUUUCCUGUAAUAGCAGUCUCUGUCCUGCAAUCAUUAUUGGAAAUAUUCCGCUACUUGAUAACUUGUGAUAGCGCAUCAGUAUGGUGCAUUGUGGGAAUCGUAAAGUGUUGACUAUCACUAAAAUGAAAAGACCCGCUGUGUCGGUCUGCAUUGUGACCUCCGUUUCUGUCUUACAACAAACUGUCCCACUACAAAUCUUUAACAUUUCUUUAUGGAAACUCUUUUUUUAAAACGUUUUAUCUGCGGUACAUAAAGGGGGUUUGGCACCCUUUCUAUUCUGUGACUGUCUCUGGAUUGUACAAUCAGGCUAAACAUUUUAAACUAAAACUUGCACUUUAAAAC